UGCAAUGAGAAAUUUACCAAUCCGGCCAGAUAGGGGUGCAUUAAAACAAACACAAUUAAAAGAGAGAUACCGAAAAAAGAAAAAGAAACCAGGGGCGGCCAAGUUGCUCUGCAGCAAGGUGGACCAGCUGCCCGGGGGCUCGCGGGCUGCUACGAAGCUCCCCAGCGGAGAGCCAGCCCUGGGUUUGCACAGACACCUGGAUGAAGCCGAAUUGGCCAAGGACUAGCGGGACCCAGCCCUACCACUGCAGCAGAGCCAAAGGAAGGAAGGAAGGCAGCUGCAGUCCAGUCUGGGGAGUGCCCGUCGAGCUAAGGGGCGUGCAAUGUCCAGGACUGCGCUGGCUGCCUGCUGAACCAGAGGGGCAUUGGCCCUGAGGUGUGGUGUUGGCAGAGACUAACGGCCCUGGAGCGGGGGCUUGCAACCAGCUGAUUGCUCAGACGUUCUGGUGUCAUCAGGGUGUCGGCCCCUCGAUGCAAAGCAGCCCCUAGUGUAACGCCUUGGUGCCCGCAUCCCCCAGUGCAGCGUGUCUGUGCAUUUCCCCCAAGGCAUUGCACUGUACUCCCUCGGGGGCAUUAUAACCCCCCUCCUCCCAGGGUACUGGACACCUCAGAUACCUCCCAGUCCAGGGCUUUCUACCCUCUUAGGAACUUGCUGGCCAGCUCCCCUGGGGCACUGCACCCCACAGGGCGUUGUCCUCCAGAUACCCCUCCCCUCCAGGACAUUGCAUCCUCAACUCCAGGGCAUUGCACCCCAGGUGCAUUGCCCGCCAACUCCCCCAGGGAGCUGCCCCUGGCUGGCAGAGCCAUGAAGCUGCAGGCGGUGAUGGAGAACCUGCAGCGGCAGCAGCGGGCGCGGCUGCAGCAGGAGCUGGAGGCGCGGCAGCAGGAGCAGCAGCGCUCCACGCCUCCCCCGCCAGCACUGCCCCCUCCGCCGCCCUCCGGACAGAACGUUGCCCUCCCUGCUGGGGCCUCGCUGUUGGCCCGUGGCCGCAGCCAGGACCCCGCCCCACCUGAGGAGGGGGUGGAGCUUGAGAGCGCCCGCAUCCAGCGUGCCCAGAUGGCUGCCCUGGCCGCUAUGCGGGCAGCAGCAGCUGGACUCAGCCACUCGCCCAGCCCGGGAAUGUCCGAUGAGAGCCAGGCCUCAGAGGAGGAAGAAGAGGAAGAGCAGGGGGAGGAGGAGGAGGAGGAUGGCGGGUACCAGCAGGAGAUGGGCUCGGAGGAAGAGGAGGAGCUGAAGCGCAAGUGGGAUGAAGAUGACUUCGAAGAGGACAUGGGGGAGGAGGAGGAGGAAGAGGAAGAAGAGGAGGAGGAAGAUUAUGAAGAGGAUGAAGAAAUGGGAGAGGAUGAAGGGCUGGGCUCCGCAGAAGCGGUGAGAUCUGGGCCGGGAUCUCUGCUUCUUCGCAAGCCGCAGGCCCCCCAGCCGUACCGAGGUGAGCCACAGAGGCUGCCGGGGGGCCAGGAGCGGCUGUCGUCUGGAUUGAGCCAUCAGGGGCACUUGCAGCUACAGCAGCAGGCUCCAGACCAUGGAGACUGGACUUACGAGGAGCAGUUCAAGCAAUUGUACGAGCUGGAUGGCGAUCCCAAGAGGAAAGAAUUCCUGGACGACCUCUUCAGCUUUAUGCAGAAGCGAGGGACGCCCGUCAACCGAAUCCCCAUCAUGGCCAAGCAAGUGCUGGACCUGUACAUGCUCUACGUGCUGGUGACCGAGAAAGGGGGCUUGGUGGAAGUGAUCAACAAGAAGCUGUGGCGGGAGAUCACCAAAGGGCUCAACCUGCCCACCUCCAUCACCAGCGCUGCCUUCACGCUACGCACUCAAUACAUGAAGUACCUGUACCCCUACGAGUGCGAGAAGCGAGGCCUCAGCAACCCCAACGAGCUGCAAGCAGCCAUCGACAGCAACCGGCGAGAGGGCCGCCGGCAGGGCUUCGGGGGCUCCCUCUUCACCUACUCCCCCAGCGGCACCCCCAGCCUGCUCUCCUCCCCCAAGCUGCAAGUGCCUGGCCUGGGGCUGGCGGGGGCCACCAACGGCGGCCCCCUCGGCCCCGGGCAAAAGAUAAAGAAAGAAGAGGAUUCCCCCAUCCCAAUCACCAUGCCCAGCCGACUCCCUGUGUCCCUGGCUGGCCACCCGGUGGUAGCGGCCCAGGCAGCGGCCGUGCAGGCGGCCGCCGCUCAGGCAGCGGUGGCCGCUCAGGCCGCGGCCCUGGAGCAGCUGCGAGAGAAGCUGGAGUCCGGGGAGCCUCCGGAGAAGAAGCUGGCUCUGGUGACGGACGAGCAGCAGAGGCUGAUGCAACGGGCCAUUCAGCAGAACCUCCUGGCCAUGACGGCGCAGCUACCCAUGAGCAUCCGCAUUAACAGCCAAGGGACCCGCUCGCCAGAAAACCGUCAGGACUCCGGCAUGAGCCUGGCCAGCAACGGCACGAACAGCAUCAGCAUGUCAGUGGAGAUCAACGGCAUCGUCUAUACAGGUGUGUUGUUCGCACAGACCCCCGGCCCCUCGUCCUCCUCGCUCCCUUCCUCCGCCUACAGCAAAGGAAACAGCGGCAGCCGGAGCAGCAGCAGCAGCAGCGGCGUGGGGGGCAGCAGCGGCGUCUCCCAGGCUGCCCCAGCUGGUUUGUCCGCCCCUCCAACCUCUACCUCUAAUAACUCUUCUUCGCCUUAACCCCCCCUCCCCCCAACGGCAGCGCCUCAUCUCACCAAAAGACACACACACAAAAUAAUAAACCCACACAUGGAGCUUCUAUCACAGCUGAUGCCAAAAACCAAGCUUGCAUCUGGCUUUCCCGGGGGGUGGGGGGAGGAAGCCCCCGUCUCCCACUCCUCCCGAGAGGACUGGAGAAAGUUUUGCAAGGAGAAAAGCUUUAAUCCAGGGGGUUUCAUUAAAAGCAGCCUGGACCCUGAGCCAGUCGUUACCCGUUCGCUUUGGAGGUGAUGCACCGUCCUCCCGGAACGCUUUACCUCACGACACCCCACUUUGCACUGUGCGUUGGUUUGUUUUAAUGUUGUUGUUUGAAGUUGUGUUCUUUUGGAUACCUCCAGACAGACACACAGUCGCACCGACGCCCGCGGGCUUGUGUUUUUAAUGAAACCUCCCCACCUUCCUUUCCUUUUCUUUUUUUUAAACCAAAAACAACAUUUGCAAAAGCGGGAGG